GAGUGUGGGAGGCCAGAACACCUGCCACUGAUAACAGCUUUUCCAUGGAGAGAGACACAGCGACAAUAUUUUAUUUGGCCACCUGAAGGCUGCUCAUUUGAGUUUCAUACGUCUGUGGGACGAGCACGAGAAGAAGGUGGAACCAGGGAAAGUGAAAAGUGGAAAGUGAGUGCCCUGCUACACAAAAGAAAGAGGAGAAAGAAAAGCAUUGGCAGAGGUAGAACCACAGCCAGAACGUGGCCUCAGAGUACUCGCAGAGUGGGCGAGGCGGACACAUGUUGUCAUGUUGACAAAUGCUAGGGAAUGGGAAUUGAAGAGCAGUCAACUGUUGCUGCUGUUGCUGUUGCUUCUGGGGGGGCAAGUGGCACUCGGUGGUGGCGCCUCAGUCACCUGGGGACAUGUCAACAAAUAUGCCAGCCUGCUGUACACGGAAGACGUGUACCUAACGCCAGAGACCCCAGGCAGAGAUGUGGUCUACGGCUCGCAGAAUGCCUCUGAUAGCUACAUAAUUACGGCUCUGCAUGUGGAGGACCUCAGCAGCAGCCCCCCAAAUGCCAACGGGGCUGAUGGGGCCGAGGCUCUGGUAACAGAGGGUGGCAUUGGCGAACAGUUUGUGGUCCUGCACUGCCAACGGGGCCAACUAGUGCUCGGGGAGGAAUCGGCACAUCUACAAGUGUCCGUCUAUGGGCUGGACCUGUGAGGUGUAUCUGUGGGAUCGUAUCUUUUUGAGUGCGUGUGUGGGAGAGCGUGUAAAAGCUGUAAAUAUUAAUUACUAUAGAGGCGACACUUGGAUUGGCACUUACAUUGUCAAGUGUAAUAGUCACUUACAUAUGCAUAGUAUAUACAUAUAUAUAGUAUGUAUGCAUGUGUAGAAAAGUAACACUCUACUCUUAUCUUCAGGCACAACCGAUAGGCUAUUUAAGUUUGCUUUUGCUCUUUAAGUCUCCUCUCAAUUCGAGAGGACUUUCAACUCAUUCGACAUCAAUUAAACUUUGUUUUUGCUAAUAAAAUACUUCCGCUUUGACAACAUAUAUGUACAUAUAGUAUGUAUGUUUGAAUCUUAAUAAAGAAAGAACGCAAUUUAAUGAU